UAGACGCUGAUUGGUGUUCAUUCAUUUUUGACAACCGGAAGUAGUCUCAGAAAAGAGCGACGGCUAAAUCCUUUUCGCGUCCUGCAGCCUAGUGCUAUACGCUGAGUUGUUUUAAAUGUCACGUGUAAUGUCCAACUGUAGCCUUAUUGGAACGCUUCGGUCAACAUAAGUGCCUGGUGCACACAUACAACAUCCUUUGUCCUGGGACCUCACAUCAGAACAGGAAAAACUCUGCAAGAAAACUUUUAAAAGGAAGAAACCUUCUGGAGAGCAACAGAGGAGGAUCCCUCUAUUAGGAAUGUACAUAAUUACUAUAGAUGUCAUGUGUACAGAAUGAACAACAUAUCAUAAUACACUGUAUCUAUAUACAGGUCACAUUUUUGAUGUUAGGUUUUCAAAGUGCAUCGGAGAGCAAAUAUUGUUGAGAUAAACAUAUUGUAUGGAAAAUGUAAUAUGUUAUGUAGCCUAAAUAUACAGUUAGUACAGUAGUUGGUUCAUAGGAGGUUAUUGGUGGAUUACGCAAUUUAAAUUGCAUAUACAAUUACUUUAUUAUAGGAAAUUAUUGUAGAAAUAUAUAAUCUAUUACUGAUAGAUUUCUUCCAUAAAUCAUAACACACCAGAUUUUGUGGAUGUUGCCAAACCCUACUGGAAAAUGUGUAAAUGUGUUUAUUAUUCUUCCUCCUUUGGAAAAAAAAAGCCUUACUGUAAGCUUAUUAUAAGAAGACAUUAAGUCAGGGAUUUAGUUUGAGCAGCAGGCAAUGCAGCAACUCCUAAAAGAUCACACUAAAAUGACUGAAUUAGCAUGGUGUAUUGAUACCCUGCCUGCCUGUCUGUGUUUUGACAUUGAACUCACUUGUGGUUAACAACGUCAGCCACCCUUCUGUAUUUUCCUGACCUAGGCUUACGGAUGUCCCUAACACUGACCGCCAUGAGCAACAGCGCAGUGACCAGGGGCCAGCAGCAGAGGUCAGGGUCCGGGCAAAUGCCACAGCCUUCCCAAGGCCCCUAUAUCUCAGUUAUCACCAACAGGACCACCAACCUGGCGAUCCGAGGGGCCAUGCUGUUUUCUGUGGGUGUCUUCCUGGCUCUGGUGCUGAACUUACUUCAGGUGCAGAGAAAUGUCACCCUCUUUCCCCCUGAUGUCAUCAGCAGCAUCUUCUCAUCGGCCUGGUGGGUACCGCCCUGCUGUGGCACGGCCUCAGCAAUGAUCGGGCUGCUGUACCCCCGUAUCGACAGCUGUCUGGGUGAGCCACACAAGUUCAAGCGGGAAUGGUCCAGUGUGAUGCGCUGCGUGGCUGUGUUUGUGGGCAUCAACCACGCCAGUGCUAAAGUGGACUUUGCGAAUAACGUCCAGCUGUCUCUGACUUUGGCGGCGCUCUCCGUCGGUCUGUGGUGGACUUUUGACCGCUCCCGCAGCGGCUUUGGCUUGGGGGUUAGCAUCGCCCUGUUGGCAACGCUGGCCACCCAACUCCUGGUUUAUAAUGGAGUCUUUCAGUAUACGUCACCAGACUUCCUGUAUAUUCGCUCCUGGUUACCUUGCAUCUUCUUUGCUGGGGUGAUAACUAUGGGAAACAUAGGACGCCAGCUAGCCUUGUAUGAAUACAAAUUCGUUCAGGAAAAGACGCAUCAGGACUGAGGGAUCUCACCAGGCCUCUGCUCAAAAUGACCUGAAACCAGAGAGGCAGAGAGCGUCUGCAUGCAGCAUAAACAAGGACUUGCUGGCCCUUGAGGAGCCAGUUAGGCAUGAGCUCCUGAUUGGCUGCCUGGUACUUUCUGCUGGAUAGUAUUUUGAUUGGCUGUCGUCAUGCCAUUCAGAUCCUGGGAUGUCUGCUAGCUCUAUUGUUACUUGAGCUGAACAAUGAUAGCAGAGUUUCUUGUGUUUUUUUCUGUGGUGCAGUCUAUCUCCACUUACCUGGGAAGGGAUUAGCAGCGAAGCAUCUAUCGUUCUUCACAUCAGCUAGAAUGUUUGAAACCUUUGGCUUUGUUGUUCCAAACACACCACAGGGGAUCAGUUUUAAAGUUGGCUCUUAUCUCCAGAGUCUUCCACAUAUCAGUGUAAAACAGACAGCUGAGCUGAGUUAUAUCUAAAAAGAUAUCUAUAUACCAAACAGUUUAUUGUAUGUAAUUAGCUUAUAUCUACAUUUUGGUUUUCUUGAUAAAGGAAUGAUGUGUACGAUCUGCAUUGGCUGUGUAGUGGGUAUUUCUAGCAGCCACAUCUGCCCUGCUUAUCACCAACAUGUAUGGAAUCAUCUGAUCUGAAGGAAGAAAGGAUACAUGAAGCUCUGAGGGUUUUGGUUGGAAGUGAUUGGUACAUUUGGAAUAGAUUGGAUUGAAACAAGCUCGGAAAUGAGUUUCGUCCAUACAUCCAUUUAAAGCACAGUAAUACCUUUUUCUGAAAUAAUUCCUUCAUCAUGGGACCAUUUCUAUUUUUAAAAUAAUGUUCUUGUUUCAGGGAGCAACAUUUCUUAGAAUAUAUUUCUGGACCCUAAAGGGUAAAACCAGCAUUAGCUUCCCUCAAAAUGACAGGAAUGGCACAUUUUCCAGCUUAGUGUCUUCAUAGUGCUUGAUUAACACUUGAUGGUUAUCCUUUAUGGACCAUAUGUGUUGAAGACCUAACAUAUAUGCCCAUAGAUGGAUGUUGGAGGUAGGUAGGAAGAACUUAAAGUAGAAGGGUGUGUGUGUGGAAAGAUGCUAUGUAGGCUCCUAGAUGACGCACUGUGUUUGCUUUAUCUUUACAGAUUUAACAAACGUACAUUAGCGUGGAACUAACACCAUAAACUCAUUAACUAACUGACCAUUUGCAUUAGGUUUGCACUGUGGUAUAAAGGGUACUUCUGGUGUUAUGAGUGUGAGGUAUCCCUUAAGACCCUGUUCCUGGACAUGCUUUGGAAAGACAGUCAGACGUGAUCUCCUUUUUGUUCUAAUGAGCUGUUUUUUUUCUUCUUCCUGUAACGUUUCCAUAAAGAUCUCAAGGCAGUGUUCAGCAGGAACACAUCUGAAGUUCUCUGUAUGCAUGAGUGGUUAGGUGAUAAAUAAAAGAAAAUAGGCAGAACAAUCUGCUAUUCUGUAAACUGUUUGAGGUAUGAUUCUAUCGUUCAAGGGACAUUUUCUAACCAUUUGCAUUUUAUAUCACUAUUAACUUCUGUUAAAUAAGGAUAAAUUGUACUUCUAGUUGCUUUAGUCCACUUACUAAAGCAACCUCUGAAACCUGGACAAGUGCAAUCUGUUGCUGUAUUAAAUACUUUGGCCUUUCUGAUAACGGC